AUGGACCCCCUCACCCGCUGGCACAUCGACCCCAAAUCUCCCACGAUCGAGUCGGAAACCCAGAAAAUCUUAUCCCACAUCCCCACGACUGCACCCAACACAGCCGGCUCGAUGGCCAACUUCAUAGACCUCAUGCACACGCACAUCACCCACCUAUACGAAAUGCCCGGCGACACCCUCUACUCCCGCUACACGAUAGCCUUUAAGAUCAUCCAAACCGCCGUCCGCUGGAAGUUCACCGUGUCUCAGAAAUACGUACCUCUCACCAUUAUCAAGGGCGCGGGCAAUGAGUACAUCCCCAUCCCCGAUGGCGAGAGCGCCAUCGUCGCAGACUUCCACUCCAUCCGCACCCAAACCACCGACUCUCCCACAUACCUGACCUCAGGAUUCUACCGCAUCAAAGCGGGCCCCACCCGCAACAUCCCCACCUACGACUACGAGGAGACCAAGUACGUUCUCAACGGCCAAAUCGACGUAUUAGACGAGUCGACCGGCGUCACACAUCACCUUGUUGCGGGCGACUUUGCUUUCUUCCACGUUGGCUCCAAGGCGCAGUUCUCGAGCAAAUCGGGUGGAACGGCUUUCUUUGCGGUCACUAGGCCGAUUAUUACACAGCAUCCCGGGUUGAAGGGGAGGGAGGAGAAGGUGCUGAGUAAGUUGUAG